AUGGAACCUAUGGCCCUAAUUGUGAAAACAGAUGUCAUUGUCUGGAAGGACCUUGUGACACGAUAUAUGGUAUCUGUGGGUCAGGAUGUCAAAUGUGACAACGGAUCGUAUGGUCUUCGAUGUCAGAACAAGUGUGGUAAUUGUCAGAACAAGGUGGCCUGUAACAAGGUUUCCGGCGUCUGCCCAGGGGAAUGUGAACCCGGAUAUAAAGGGACGAUGUGCACAGACGAAUGCGACAACGGAUGGUACGGACAGGGCUGUCUGACCGGAUGCGGUCAUUGCCUUAACAACGCUGCCUGUAAUAAGACUUCCGGUAUGUGUCCAACUGGAUGUACAACAGGAUAUAAAGAAUCGCUCUGCAUUGAUGAAUGCGACAACGGAUGGUACGGACAGGGCUGUCUGACCGGAUGCGGUCAUUGCCUUAACAACGCUGCCUGUAAUAAGACUUCCGGUGUGUGUCCAACUGGAUGUGCAACAGGAUAUAAAGGAUCGCUCUGCAUUGAUGAAUGCGACAACGGAUGGUACGGACAGGUCUGUCUGACCGGAUGCGGUCAUUGCCUUAACAACGCUGCCUGUAAUAAGACUUCCGGUGUGUGUCCAACUGGAUGUACAACAGGAUAUAAAGGAUCGCUCUGCAUUGAUGAAUGCGAAAACGAACGGUAUGGUCUUGCUUGUGAGAAAACCUGUGGUCAUUGUAAAAACAAGGUGCCAUGUAACAAACUGUCCGGCGUAUGCCCUGGGGAAUGUGAGCCCGGAUAUAACGGGACAAUGUGCAUUGAAGCAUGUGAUGACGGUUUCUUUGGAGACAAUUGUUCAGCAGCAUGUGGGAAAUGUAGUGGCGCGUGUCAUCAUAUAGACGGCAUAUGUUCACAAGGCUGUGAAAAAGGCUUUGAAGGCGAUCUUUGUAUGACACAACUGAUUCAGUCUGAGCUCAUAGGACCAGCUGUUGGUGGUUCGGUUGGGGUUGUUGUUGUAAUCGCAAUCGUCAUUGUAUCAAUUAUUGCAAUUAGAAGGAGGCGUUCAACACCAACAAAAAAAAACCAGUUCGACGACAUUCCUGUUGCAAUUCAGAAUAUUAAAGAUUCUAAAAUCGACCAAACGCCGACAACGUCAGAAACUAAACCUCUGAAAGGCCCAAAUAGAGCCAUUCCAAACGCAGUGUAUGCAAACACAGCGUCGCCAGAAGAAGACGGCCUUUACUACAACAGCGAACCACUACAUAGAGAACGUAAGCGUACUGAAAUAAGUCUCAUUGGUGUCGAAAAACUGCGAUAGUUCGUACGAGACAACUACCAGAACGAAAAUAUCUUCCAGCAAGAAUUCGAUAAAAUACCAUAUGGUCUUCAACAUCCGACGAUUGUAGCAUCUGCAGCAACAGGCAAAAAUAGAUACAAGGAGAUGUAUGCAUACGACCAUUCUCGAGUGAUUCUCAGAAGAAUCGCCGAUGAACCGAAUUCCGACUACAUCAACGCCUGCCAUGUUGAUGGCUACAUGGAAGAAAAAAAGUAUAUUGCGUCUCAAGGUCCGGUCAAUCCAAUGGUAGGCGAUUUUUGGAGAAUGGUGUGGGAACAAGACGUCUGUAUUAUUGUUAUGGUUACGAAACUCGUUGAAGAAGGAAAGGUG